CCGGAUUCGGGAUAUAUGCUGUGCCAAAAUUCAGGCGAUUGUCAAACACAAAUUACGUGACACAAUCAACCCUAUGUAUACCUCCAAAUGUAAUACCGAUAAGGGGGGGGGGGGCGCUAUAAUAUGAAUUAAAACAAAGAUGGUCACACAUGUCCAUUGGGUGGUUGAGGUUUUUUUCUUUUAUUUUUACGAUCUGCCUCUCCAUUUUAAGGGCUAAUAGAUUAGUGGGUAGACAAAUUCAACUCAAUAUGCAUCUGAGAUUAACGUACAUCAACCCUCUAAACAUGUUAAAUCAAAUUUCGACAAUCUGCCCCUCCCUAUCCCGCGGGUUGAUCAACAACUGCUUACAGGUAACUCGGUAAGAGCUGGACUUCAUUGAUCCCCGUCAGUGCUUUUUAUAAAGGAGAACAGAAUAGGUUAUGUACAAGCCUUUUUUAGUAAAAAGAAUGGUCUCGUUAAUUGCUUGUAAUUUGUUUUAUAUGUUGACAUGCUGUUUUUAGAACAAAUUAUAGGUACAAAAUGUCUGCAACAAAAGCUCGUCCUUGGCGUUUCAAUAUUUCAUCACUCACUACAUGUUGAACAACUCAAGUUGAUCCGGGACUUGACCUUGCCUCAAUAGCUAUUGAUUUAUGAGAGCAAAUGUAAUCUUGGGCGGGCUUCCAAUGGGUAAUAUUUGUAACAUUGUGCUUUUUUAUACUAUAAGGAUCCAUUUGACUGAUACAAUGUCUGUUCCCAUGUAAAAAAAAAAGAAAAAAAA